AUGUCUGACGCGGCGCUGUGUCGGAUACGGCUAGAGAGAGAGUACAAACUGCACCGCGACGCCACCUAUUCGUCCUGCGUCGACCCUACGAGGUCACGCUACAACGGCGGGUCCGUCGACCACUCGAGGAGACGCGGGUCAGCGAACGAAGGGCGGUCUGUAGACCGUGCGGUGAUCAGAGAUCCGUCUAGAGGAGACGCGGGUCAGCGAACGAAGGGGCGGUCUGUAGACCGUGCGGUGAUCAGAGAUCCGUCUAGAGGAGACGCGGGGUCAGCGAACGAAGGGCGGUCUGUAGACCGUGCGGUGAUCAGAGAUCCGUCUAGAGGAGACGCGGGGUCAGCGAACGAAGGGCGGUCUGUAGACCGUGCGGUGAUCAGAGAUCCGUCUAGAGGAGACGCGGGGUCAGCGAACGAAGGGCGGUCUGUAGACUGUGCGGUCAACGACAGCGUUCGGACUCUGGGAAGGGUCGCGUCGAUCAGCCGGACCGGUGAGGAACUUCUCAGGGUGGUGCAGAGAUGUCUGAAUGUACACUGUGAGGUACAGCUGGAGAGGCUGAUCGUCCCUAAAGGGAACGUUCCCAAGGACAGUCUCGUCCCUAAAGACCACGUUCCCAAGGACAGUCUCGUCCCUAAAGACCACGUUCCCAAGGACAGUCUCGUCCCUAAAGACCACGUUCCCAAGGACAGUCUCGUCCCUAAAGACCACGUUCCCAAGGACAGUCUCGUCCCUAAAGACCACGUUCCCAAGGACAGUCUCGUCCCUAAAGACCACGUUCCCAAGGACAGUCUCGUCCCUAAAGACCACGUUCCCAAGGACAGUCUCGUCCCUAAAGACCACGUUCCCAAGGACAGUCUCGUCCCUAAAGACCACGUUCCCAAGGACAGUCUCGUCCCUAAAGACCACGUUCCCAAGGACAGUCUCGUCCCUAAAGACCACGUUCCCAAGGACAGUCUCGUCCCUAAAGACCACGUUCCCAAGGACAGUCUCGUCCCUAAAGACCACGUUCCCAAGGACAGUCUCGUCCCUAAAGACCACGUUCCCAAGGACAGUCUCGUCCCUAAAGACCACGUUCCCAAGGACAGUCUCGUCCCUAAAGACCACGUUCCCAAGGACAGUCUCGUCCCUAAAGACCACGUUCCCAAGGACAGUCUCGUCCCUAAAGACCACGUUCCCAAGGACAGUCUCGUCCCUAAAGACCACGUUCCCAAGGACAGUCUCGUCCCUAAAGACCACGUUCCCAAGGACAGUCUCGUCCCUAAAGACCACGUUCCCAAGGACAGUCUCGUCCCUAAAGACCACGUUCCCAAGGACAGUCUCGUCCCUAAAGGGAACGUUCCCAAGGACAGUCUCGUCCCUAAAGACCACGUUCCCAAGGACAGUCUCGUCCCUAAAGACCACGUUCCCAAGGACAGUCUCGUCCCUAAAGACCACGUUCCCAAGGACAGUCUCGUCCCUAAAGACCACGUUCCCAAGGACAGUCUCGUCCCUAAAGACCACGUUCCCAAGGACAGUCUCGUCCCUAAAGACCACGUUCCCAAGGACAGUCUCGUCCCUAAAGACCACGUUCCCAAGGAGAACCCACACAGAAGGAAGAUGGGAGGUGUUCCCAAAGAGAGGAAGCGGAGGAGCGUGUCUCGGGAGCGCCCCGCCACCGGGAGGAAGGUGUGCGUGAGCGGUGUGAGUUUGAGUCGCUGGGGAAGGAGAGACGGGCCUCCGACCGGCAGAGCAGCGCCUCCCCCUGGUAGAGCUGGGGACUGCAGCAUUACUGAACUGCUGUCUGCUCAACACACACGCAAGGUAUCCAGUCUAUCAGACAGUAUAGUCCUGUGGACUCCAGGUAACAGUGUCCAUCUGUCCUCUCUGCUGGGGACUCCUGACACUCACACCUGGAGUCGCCUCAAAGCUGCCCUCUCCCUACACAGGAAGACCAAAGCGUUCCUGACUCCUAAUAGGCUGCCUCGCUACCUGCUGUCCUCUCCUGAGGCGGAGCUAGGGGCGGGGCUAGGGGCGGAGCUAGGGGAUAUCAGUCAAAAACUGUUCUCCACGCCCCGCCCACCAAACCGCCGCCCACAGAUACGGAGGAGCACUCCUCUGAGUGUGUAUCCAGGCAGCGAGCUGUCUGAUGAGCAGAAGGUGUACUCGGAGUGUAAUCAGACAGGACCUCGGUCCUUCCAGGACUGUCUCCCAGCAGCCAGGAUGAAGCUGUGUCGGAAGGUCGGAGAGGGGGCCUUCGGAGAGGUUUUCAGCACCACCAACUCCUCGGGAGACGCUGUCGCUCUCAAGAUUAUCCCAGUAGAAGGCUGUGACCGGGUGAACGGAGAGGAACAGAAAACCUUUGGAGAAAUCCUCCAUGAGAUUAUCAUCUCCAAGGAGCUGAGCAGUCUAAAGGAGAAGAAGCACAACCAGACCACUGGCUUCAUCGGACUGAAAGAUCUCCACUGUGUCCAGGGCUGCUAUCCUCCAGGUCUGCUAAAAGCCUGGGACUCCUUCAAAACACAGAGAGGAUCAGAGAAUGACCGACCAGAUUUCUUCAGUGAGGAUCAGCUGUUUCUCAUCCUGGAGUUUGAGUUUGGAGGCAGUGACCUGGAGAACAGUAAUGGACAGCUGGCGUCGGUGAUGGUAGCCCAGAGUAUCCUCCACCAGGUGACUGCUGCUCUGGCUGUGGCUGAACAGGAGCUCUGCUUCGAACACAGGGACCUCCACUGGGGUAAUGUGUUGGUCCAGUCCUCUAAGGAGAAGGAGGCGAGUUUCCUCCUCGACGGGACAAACCAUUCCUUAGAGACCAGGGGGGUGAGCGUACGCAUCAUCGACUACUCCCUGUCCAGGCUCGAGAUCGAUGGUCUCACCGUGUCCUGUGAUAUCUCAGCGGAUGAGGAGCUGUUCCAGGGACGUGGAGACUACCAGUUCGACAUCUACAGACUCAUGAGACAGGAGAACGGUAACGUGUGGGGGGACUACCAGCCCCACUCCAAUGUGUUAUGGCUCCACUACCUGAGCUCCAAGCUGCUGACGAUGACCUAUAAGGGCCGAGGGUGGCGGGGCGUCAAGCAGGCCAGGUUGGACCUGCAGCGUUUCCACGACAAUGUCCUCGCCUUCCGAUCUGCCUCUGACGUACUGUACAACUGUGGCCUGUUCCAAUGAGGAAGAGAGAGAGUGUGUACUGCCACAUAUUGUUGUUGUUAGCAGGAUGCUAGCUUGGUUAGCAGGAUGUUAGCUUGGUUAGCAGGAUGUUAGCUUGGUUAGAAGGAUGUUAGCUUGGUUAGCAGUAUGUUGGCUUGGUUAGCAGGAUGCUGGCUUGGUUAGCGGGAUGCUAGCUUGGUUAGCGGGAUGCUAGCUUGGUUAGCGGGAUGCUAGCUUGGUUAGCGGGAUGCUAGCUUGGUUAGCGGGAUGCUAGCUUGGUUAGCGGGAUGCUAGCUUGGUUAGCCCUAGCAGUAGGCUAUAGUACUGUGUAGCAUCCAGUCGUAACCUUUUUUAGAGAUGAAAUUUUCUUUUGUACAUAUUUAUAAACCCACAAGACUGUAAUGGCUUUGUAUUCUUAAAUUUAAAAAAAAUAAAAAAUAGUUUUUUUGUUUUCUUAUUAAACGUUGAAUAGAAACAAUGACCAAAAAA